AUGAAGUUUCUUGCUGCUCCUGUUCUUGCCGGCCCAAUCACCCGGGCUGAUGUACGUUGCGGUCUCACGAUUAUCGAUUACCAGAUGCAAUCCAUUACUUGCGAGCCUCGCCUUGACAGCGAGACUGGUAAAAUCAAGAAGUUUCGAGUCGACGUCGGUGUAGCCGAGGAUCAAGCUAGGAAGGCUGGUUUUACAACUUGCAGAAGCGGCGAUCCGCACAGGUACAUGAACGGAGACAAUAUCGAGUUUGGUUCUCAUAACUGCGACAAGGAAGGAGCAAUUCUUUGGAAAUACCCCAUCUACAGGGUUGACAAGAAGGCAGGGUGGCAGAAGGAGGAGAAAACCGACAGGCAGCCUGGCGGCCCUACCCCCAUCCGUGUGGUGUGUGCCAACAAUAAUGGCAACAUUGUGUACUGCGGUGUUAUGACUCAUGACGUUGUUAAGAAUAACUACCACGGAGAGAAAUCCUUCCUGAAGUGCAACUGA